AUGAAGCUGGGCACCAUGUUCUUUCUGCUUUAUGCAACAACACUGGUGUUUUUUGGUUUUCAGAAAGCUGCACAGUCAGGUCCUGCUGUUCGUCUGACUGCUAAUCCUCCAUGGCCAGAUGUGUUCCGAGGAGAGACAAUUACUCUCAGCUGUCAGGUUAUUGAAUCUGAGGGGUGGACAUUUGUGUGGACCAGACACAGACAGGGUGGUCUAAGACAACUUUCAGCCUCCAUCAGUAAUAGCUCCGAGUUGGUCCUGAGUGUUGUGAGUGAGAGACAGAGCGGAAUGUAUCAGUGUGAAGCUGUAAAAGGAAAUGAGCGAGCUUUCAGUAACAUCCAUACCAUAACAGUCUCUGCUGAUCGUCCUCAGGCUGUCAUAGUCACAGAUCCCCCAGCCACAGUGAUGUUCACAGGAGAAACUGUUAGCUUAGCUUGUGACAUCAGGAAUGGGCCUGGCUGGAGAUAUUCAUGGAGCAGAAACACCCAGGGAAGAUUAGAGAGCCUCUAUGCCCGCAGUACCGAAAGCCAACAAAAGCACAUCCUGCACUCUGUAAGAGAGUCAGACAAUGGAGAGUACUUGUGUCAAGGUGAACGAGGACAAAACCCUGUGAUCCAGUCUUCCCCUGGAUCAUUUCUGUUACAUGUGUCUGGGGAAAAGCCAAGGCCUGUUAUUACACAGAAUCCCCCCAGUGGAGAAAUGUACACAGGAGAGAGAGUCACCCUGAGCUGUGGGUUUUGUGGAGAGCCUGCUGGGUGGGAGUAUCUCUGGUACAAAGACACUCUGAGACACACUGUGCCCAACACUGACAGCAGCAGGACUGAUGGGUCUAGUUUCACCAUCAGCUCUGCUGCUCUGGCCCACAGUGGAGAGUACCGCUGUAGAGCUGCAAGAGGAAGAAAACCUUUUUACUCAGACUACAGUGAUCCUCUGACUUUAGAAAUAUCUGUAUUACCUCAAACAUAUCUGUUUGUACAGUCUGGAUUGACAGACGUCUUCCCCACUGAAACAGUGACUCUGAGAUGUGUAAGUCAGGGCAGCUCUACAGACUGGAUGUAUAAAUGGUACAGAGAUGGACGGGAGCUUCCUGUAGACAAAGCUAACUCGAGCAGUGUAAAUGGAGACACAUACACAAUCCUCUCUGCUGAUCAGUCACAUGCUGGACUGUACACCUGCAGAGGAGAACUUACAAGGAGAGCAUCUGUACACUCUCUGAUUGGCAGCUCUGCCGCAUUGACUAUACGAGCUUUGCCUCAGGCGGUAGUGAGCUUGGAUGAAGGAUGGAUGGGGGUCUUCAUCACUAAAGGCACUCUAGCAAUGAGGUGUGAGCUUCAGGGCUUUACUUCUGCUGACUGGAACUACACGUGGUACAGAGACGGAACACAGAUCUCACUAAACCACACUGGAGAGAGGCACACAGUGGGAUUCUGGGAUAGCUCCUCUGAUGGUGAAUAUAGAUGUAGUGGGAACAGGACAGACAGACCGUACUACUCCCUCAUCAGUGAAGGCUUCAUGCCGAGCCAUAUCAUUUACCGUGCUGUGGAGAACGUGGUUCGGAUCUGUGUGGGCGUGGCAGUCCUCCUCUUUCUGUCAAUCAUUGUGAAUCCAGCCUUCUGGAGAUGGGUAUCACGCCGGAAAGUGGUGCACAGUGGGGAGGAACUGGCUGACCAAACUGACCAUACCUGACCACACAGCAUGGCAUAAGUUUAUUUUCAUUAUUGCUUUGCUAAAUAUUACAUGACAUAUUGUAUCAUUUAUUAAAGUAGACUUACUAAAAAUAUAUA